GAGCUAGUGAGCCAGCUUACUUAGUCAGUCGCCCAGUCGAGCAGUUGCAGCUGCUUCGCAGUCGCUGGAGUCUAAGUACUAUAGUAUCGGAGUGUAUUAUAUUGUCAAAUCGGAGCUCACAUAGGCACCGCCAUGGCGCUGGAGGCGCUCGUCACGGCUUUGGCCUGCCUCAGCACCGCCACAAAUUCCACGAGCAACUUGCCAGGAAAGCACUUCUCCGUGAUAAUGAGAAACUCGGCUCAGCCCUUUCUCCUGGCUGAAAAUGAUACUGCUAGCUGUCCUGUAAGCACCUUGGGUGGGCUGGCACUUCGCGUACAAUCCAUGACUGAUGAACUGGAGUCCCUGAAAACUGAGCUAAAUGAACUGCAGGGCUUGAUAGAGGAAUAUAAAACAAAGGGAGCUGGAGUUCCCAUCACAACCCGAUUACUACGCCCGCUACCACCCAGUGUCCAGACCUUCCCCCUGCCCCUGGCCACACCCGCCGACGACACGCCGAGGAACUGCCACGACGAGAAGCACGGCCAGGUGAGGAUCCGAAUCGCCCCGGACGUGGAGCCCUUUUUCGCCAGCUGCGACCAGAAGGUGCGGGGCGGCGGCUGGAUGGUGAUCGCCUACAGGUACGACGGCAGCCAGGAGUUCAACAAGGACUGGCAGGACUACAAGACCGGCUUCGGGGCCCUCAACGCGGAGUUCUUCAUCGGCCUGGACAAGCUGCACCGCCUGACGAACAGCGAGCACCACGAGCUGCUCAUCAUCAUGAGGAACAAGAACGGCGAGGAGCGCUUCGCCCUGUACGACCACUUCAGUAUUGGCAGCGAGUCGGAGAAGUAUCUUCUGUACGUCCUCGGAGCCUACAAGGGCGAUGCCGGGGACUCGCUGCGCUAUCAUGCGGGCAAGAAGUUCACCACCUACGACCAGGACAACGACGACAAUGGGCAGAACUGCGCCAGGACCCACGCAGGAGCCUGGUGGUACGGAAGGGAGUGUUUUGAGAGCAACCUCUUCGGCACGUUCCAGUCGAAGUACGGCCAGGAGAUCGGCUACUUCAAGGGCAUCCUGUGGAAGACCUUCCUGCCAGGACCCACUGGCUCCCUCAGCUACGUCCGUAUGCUCAUCCGACCGCUGAGGAACUCGUAGGGGGCACUGCCGCAAAUUCAAUCGCCAAUCGACAAUCGCCAAGCCUCCUCAGACGCCAUAGACUCGAAUAAAUGCCGAUUAUUGUGUAACUCAAGAUACUUGCCGGAAUAGUUCGGCCAUUGCUUGUGCAAGCAUUUCCCCGUUUCGUCUGCCGGGAUGAAACCCGGAACGGGUUUUAAUUAUUCCAAUUAUUAUAUAUAUUUCGCAUUAAGCGAUGUUCAAUUAAUUGGCACACAAUACGCAACAUCACACAAGCACACAGGGAGAGACGGUGGGGAAGUAAUGCCGCUCAUUAAUGGCAUAUUAUCAUGAGAAAUUUUCGCUCUGCUCAUUUGCAUACAAAGGGCACAGCACAAAGGGAGGGCCCAUUGCUAAGCAACGGAAAUUGUUUUCUCUAAAAAUAAGCAUAUGCAUUUGCCAAUGCUAAUGGUAUCGAACGGCCCGCACUGCGUAUACGUAAUGUGGGCGCACGGGGCGUAUGCGUAAUGCGACUGCCAUUGGCACCUAGCCUCCUCCUCCUUCGGCUCUCGCCCAAGAAAUACGAGUAUGGGAAAACUUUGUCCCCCCCCCGGAAUAAAUUUCAUGAAUUUCUGGCAGAGCAAUUGAAUGUGGAAAGGGGCGUGAGACAAGGACGACUCCCAGGAUAAAGACGGAAGCAAAAAAGCACCUGUGCAAUUGUGUGCCAAAUUCAAUAAAUAACAAGAGAAACUUGGGAGCCUUUGGACAGGGCGAACAGAAAAUACCCUAAUUAAAAUUGAAUACGUUUUAAUAAAUAAACAAUUUUAUGCCUAUUAAA